CCUCUCCCGAUGACGCACACCGCCUCUGUGUGUGUUGAUGCUGGUCAGCUGCUGACAGCCUGUGGAGAGAAACAUCAGCCAGCAGCAGCAGCUGAUGAGGAGGAUGCUGAUGGAAACAUAAACAGGGACCGAACCGAUGUGAAGGAUGCUGCUGCUGCUGCUGCGGCUGCGGUGAGACGAACCAAGCCGCCUGUUUCCAUCUUCCUCCUCCUCAUCCUCCUCCUCCUUUUACCCGUGUCAGCGUCAGCUACACCUGCCUUGGAUGGUUUUCUCGAUGGGUUGUGGAGGGAGUCGGGCGGACGCGAUAAUCGAGCCGAGGUACCAUGAGAGCUGGACCAGAGAAACAGAGUCGACGUGGCUGACCAACACGGACGUAGAAAGCCCCGUCUCGGUUCCGAACAGUAAAGCUGUGGAGGCCGGUCUGAAGGAGAAGAGGAUGGUAACGACAGGAACCCAGUGUGGGAAGCAGGCCAUCACCACCAAUGGAUCCAGCCACCAGAGGAGACCCAGGCGAUCCUUGACUGAUGUACAGUGCUGUGAUAAACAAAGUACUCGUGACUCCAAAAGGAGAGCAUCGAAGGAGGCGAGCGCCUUGUCCAAGGAUGGCCAGCUCGUCAGCGUCAAAAGCGCCGGAGAUCCUGAGCCGAAGGACGCCAGCGACGAGAGAUGAAAGAAGAGCUGCGACACUGUGAUGAGGCAAAAUUAGCUGGGCUGCAAAAAAUAAUUCAUCACACCGUAGGGCAAGGCGUUGCAGAAAUGUCCGGAUGAUGUUUGCUUGUGACUUUGCGCCGCUCGGGACCCCGAAGGCAGCGACUCACCUAACAGGGCGCCCGCUUAUGUCUCCACCCAAAGACCUCAAGAUGCUGCAUUGUUGUUGCAUGUGUGAGGAAGAGAGGUGGAACCAAACGCCAUGCUUUUCCUCCAUGCUCAUAGUACCAGUCAGGGAAUGUGUCACUGUGUUGAGACAACUUUAAGUGAAAAAAAAAAAAAACACUGGAAAAGGAGAGAUUGCCCCAUAUGCACAUUAUAAUCUCAAUCUGCACAUGAAAUGUGCUCUGUGUUGGGGCUUCCUUAAGAAUUUGCUUUACUUCUUUGUGCAAAUAUACUCUUAUUUUGUUGUUAGAGUGCUGUUUAGGCUCAGUCAGUGCAGUGAGUAAUUUUGAUUAAAAAAAACCCUAAAGUGCUGUUUAGGAGCUGAGAUUUGGAUGUCUGAAGCUUGAAGGCUAAAGACUGUCUUUUCCAGUCUUUGCAAGAUAAAAAAAAAAAAAAAAAAAACUACACCUGCAUGUGCCUACAAUUCCUCUUGAUUUAACUGGAACUGCUGAUUUUUUUCUGUAAUCGUUCUGUAUGACGUGUUCUACAGUUCUCCUUUAGUCUCUAUUUUGUGUUUUAAUGGUAAAUGUUAUUAUUUCCAACAAUGCAACGUGUAACAUUGUUGGGGCUCGCAGUGACCUGCAUGUAUAAAUCUCUCACACACUGGCAAGCCAUUUGACUUCAAAGUAUUUUAGAUAUCGAGAACUCAUGAAAUAAACUCAGGAGGUCACGGAUGAUGGGGUAGUAGGGUAACCAACCUAACGAUCAGCAGGUGGCGCUGUUGGACGGCCAUUGCUGCAGGGCUUAUAAGAACGAGGUGGAGGCUGUUCUGUUCAACUGGCCCUGAAUGUAAAUAAAAGACAAUCUGCUGGUUAUGACUUCAGCCAGACUUGAAAAGGUA